GUUAACCCAGCCUCACCUCAACAUCCGCCAAACAACCAACGACCAGCACCAACACCAGCACAAGCACUACUGCUCUCCGUCAACAGCUCCGGUUCCGCACGCAUUCAUCGUACACUGGACAGCUGAUGGCACACCAUCCUCUUGUGUGAUGAUCCUUGCUCGGCUAGGUCGGUUGGCCGUGAGGAUUGACAGGUCUUUGACUGGUAUCGGGAGGGACAAUGGCGGGGUUAUAAGCGGGAGUAGGAGCACGGUCGCAUGCGAUAGCGGUGGUGGACUUGGUACUUCGACUGGGAAGUGGAACCGGGCUGCCAGUACCUGGGUACCUAGUCCGACCAGGUCCAGGUCCAGGUCCAGGUCCGCCCCGCUCUUCCUUCAGACAGGAGGACCUCCCACCAGCUCCUGUCGAAUCAACGUUCGACCCAGUCCUGGGCUGACGUUCUCCACCUCUCCCUUGCUGUUCAGGUCAAGGAACAACAGACAGGGAGUGGUCAGGCCUGCGUUACCCUUUGGCAGUCCGAAAGCCGGGAGGAUGGGUGAGCAUGAUGUGCCUCAGGGAGGAGAGACGGUUACGGGAGGGAACGAAGAUGGACAGCGAGUGGAGAGAGACGCAGCUUCUGGGACGUCGGCAAUGGCCGCUGUGAAGACGGCGUUGGAGCGGUCAAAAGCGGACAGUGCGGCGCCCGUUCAGGCAGGGCAAGCAUCUGCCUCAGUAUCAUCGACCACGGCAACCCCAACACUACCAACAACAACACCCGCAUCCCCUACAUCCCCUCCCACACGAGUCCCGCCCGCUCCGAGCAGCCUUCCUCUGCCUGCCGCCUCGACCAAUCCGACUAACUCUUCGCCGUCCUCGCCCUCUGGGUCGGUCCCGCCCUCCCCAUUUUCUGGGGAAGAACUAUCCCGACCGGGGACAACGGCUUUUCAACCUUCACCCUCAAAUGCACCAAGAUACGAACAACCAGCUCCACGAUUUUCUGGGGCGGCAUUUUCUAGGGAAGAACUAUUGCGACCGGUGGCAACGCCUUUCCAACCUCCACCCUCGACUGCACCAAAUUAUGACCAGCAACCUCCGAGAUUUUCUCGGGCGGGGGAGUGCCCCCCUGCCGCUGGCUCACAGGCGGCACCACGGGAGCCGUAUUCCUCGCAGGCGUCUCCAUUCCCUUCCUCAAGCUCAGCGCCUCGAUAUGAACAGCCCUCGUCCUCCCUGUCUCAACGGGCUCCCUCAACUCCUAACUACCAAUCAGCACCACAACCACCGCUAAGACCUGAGCAACCUUCUCCUUCACAGAAAUCGCCACCGCCGCCCUUAUAUUUUUCACGAAAAGCUGAUCUGACUGUGGACUCUCCUCAGCCAACGAUUCCCCCGCCUUCUGUGCAGUUGGGCGCUUCCCUUCCUCCGUCAAAUACUCCCCUAUCUUCACCGCCUAAUGCUCCUUCAUCUCCUUCCUCCACUGCUCCCCCGCCUCAAUCCCCUCCUCCCCCACCGAACUCAUCGUCAUUCCCGCCACCCAACUCCUCGUCACCUCCGUCACCUCCCACCCCAUCCUCCCCUCCCCCACCACAAGAAGAACCCGCCUAUCUCCGCUUUUACCCUCGCCACCUCCGUCAACUCGCGCGUUCCCUCCCUUCCGUCCACCUCCGCCCUCCCUCCAUCGACGACAUCCUCAAAGUCGCCACCGGGUUCUGGCAACGUCUUUCCAUCCGCUUCCGCUGGCUCACCAUCCGCAGUUUCCGACGAUUCACGGCAGAAGAAUACACAACCUUCCUCGGCUGGUUCGUCCUUUCCCAAACUGUGUGGCUCCUUGUGGGCACGACGACCUUUGUCGGUGCGAUCGUGUUCACCCUCAACAGCCUCAGGCUUCAGCAUUAUGUCGCUCGCGUGAUUAGCGACUACCUUACUGCCGAGACGGGGUGGGAGAUCGCCUACGAGUCCGCGACAGUGCCUAGAUGGAGAGACGCUACCCUCUCGUUCAAGAACGUCUACGUCUCCCAGAAACCGACGACAUAUACCGUGACCAACGAGGAUGGGACGACGGAGGAGCGCGCGAGCUAUAUGACUGUCAACCUGGAUAUUGACUCGAUUGACGUUACCCUCAGCCUUUGGAGGUGGUUGGACGGGAAAGGGUUGGUCAAGAAUGCGGUUGUCAAGGGUGUGAGGGGUGUUAUGGACCGAAGAGACGUCUACUGGGACCCCGACAGGAUAUACAACCCUGCCGACUUCAGACACAAAGGGUCGCCAGGAGCGUUCGAGCUCGAGUCCCUACGGAUCGAGGACGCGCUCAUCACGGUAUACCAAACGAAGCGUUUCCGCCCCUUCUUCGUCUCGAUCUACAAAGCUGAGAUUGGCCGAUUCCGCCGGCAGUGGAUGUGCUAUGACUUCAUCUCUGCUGAGAGCAUUGUGGGCCAGUUUGAUAAUUGCUUGUUUAGCGUGCAUAAGCCGCAGAGUGUGAGUCGGACGAGGGAUGCAGCGAUGAAGGACGAGGGGUGGAAGCGCCUGUCACGUUUGCGGAUUGACGGUGUGAACAUCGAUCAUCUCAAAGCGACGCUCUCCUCUGAUGUGGGUCUCUGGUCCUGGAUCCAAUCUGGGAAACUUGAUGCCGUGCUGGACAUCCGCUUCCCCUCGCAUCCGGACGACGACCUUGACUUGCAGCAGAUCAUCAGCAACAUCACCGCCGAGCUGGCAGAACAGCUGGACCGGAUCCCCGGUCAGAGGGAACUCGCCCGUCCUGCGUUGGAGGUACCGGGCGACCUGGAGAUCGAGGAAGCGGCGAUCGCUCAAGACUUGGCGGGUGAUACUAAGCCGCGCAAGGUGGAGAUUGAUAUCGAUCUCCGGUUCCGGGACUUGAAGGCUUCCGUGCCGUUGUGGACCAAUGAGCUGAGUUACAUGAACAAUGCUCUUAUCCGACCUAUCGUCGCUUUCAUUAAUGCAAAUCGCACUCUCCUCCCCAUCCGCUGCCAUAUUGUCAAGGAUCUUUCUGAGUUUGAUGGAUCCUGGACACUCUGGGAGACCGGGUUGAUGGACGACAUCGCCAUCAAGACAUACGAGGCACUAGCGUACCACGUUCAACAUGGGAUGAACCGCAACAUCCGCGCCGUCAGUCUAUGGAGUCUGCAGAUGACCGGGAACGCGGUUCUGGCCGCUCUCAGGAACGCAUUAGACCACGCCGGUGAGGGUAUGCUCAGCCUGCAGAAUCUGCAGAUGCUCACUCUCUGACACCGCGCCUGCAACGUAAGGCCCGAACAUGAUUUCCUUGUCCUGCAAUGAGCAAUAUGAAAACGCAUCCUCUUUUCACUCGCUACGCAAGUAUCCUUACGACCUGAUGUAGCUACGCGCAUUUUAUUCUAGGCAUAAGCAUGAAUUUCCCGUCCAACUCCAACUUAAUGAACCAACGAUGAAUGAGCACAAAGACAGGUAACAAAUAUUGUUUCAC